UGAAAGAAAGAAGGUUAGCCAGGAAAUUUUUAAAAUUGUAGAUCGAAGUCAGACUUCUCUUAAAGUAAAAAUUCCGAUCUGGUUGUUUGUUUUUGAGCUUUGCUUAGAGAAAAAAGCUGAAAGUAAUGGUGGUUUUGUUACAAGAGAAGAAGCUGAUGAUGAAGGUAAGAGACUUUACAUGACUCCUACUGAUGUUGAAGAUGCUCUAACCUACCUUCACAAUUGCACCAUUAUUUUAUACUAUCCUGAUAUCAAACCACAAUUAGUGUUUGUUGACCCACGGAAAAUUCUUGAAAUUCUUUCACAAUUAUUGGCUCUCACAUAUGUCAAUAAGGAUACUGCACAGAAAGUAUUUGAACCAAAAUUGGAAAUAACUUGGACUGAAAUAGACCUAUUAAAAAAUCAGGGUCGCUUCAAAGAAAAUCUUCUUAAAAAGUUCACUGUAUUCACUGGUAAAUUCCAGCCACAUUACUUCAUCAAUUUGCUUAACAAAUGCCACAUCAUUGCUCAACUACAGAAAAAAAUAAGUCAGGCUGAAGAUGUAGUCAAUUUUCUUCCUUCUGCUUUAAGUUCAUACAAUGGUAGCUUUGAAAAGAGUCCAGAAGAUAGAAAACCUCUACUUUAUGUUUGGAGAAAGCAAGUGGCCAGGGAAGAUGUAGGAAAAGUCUUUGUCGAUGUACCUCAAGGAAUCUUCCCUCUGAUAAUUGUCCGUUUACUCAAACAAGAAGAAUGUGUUGUUCAGCUAUCUAAUCCUGAUGAUGUCUCACAGUUUCGAGAUGCAGUGUCAUUAUUGAUCUCUUUUGACAAAAAUGAUGACGAUCCAAAUGAACGUUUGUACAUCAUUAAUCGUGGGAAGCAUAUUGAAGUUAUUUUUACUGGAAAAAAGGAACAAUGUCCAAAAAUUAAUACACUACUUUGUAAAGUCAUCAACGAGAGUGCAGAGAACAUCAAUAUUUCAGUUAAAGACCUCAACAUAGCUUUUGCUUGCCGACGUGACAACAGUGAAUACUGUAUCAUCAAAGAUGAAGCAGAUCAAAAAACAGCUUGCCGCUCUAAACCUGCUCACACUUGUACUCUUGAUGACAGCUAUUGGUGCUGGUUCAAUACAUCAGGUUCUGAACAAAAACAUACCAUAUCUGGCACAGAAGGCUCUGGUAUAUAUGUUGUUGGGGAAGCCAAAAGUAUGUUAAUUAAGUGCAUUCAUAAAUCAUGCAUAAGCAUUCUCACUCUUCUUACGGUAAAGCCUGUUCUUAAUACUAUAAAGUAUAGCAUUGAUGAAUAUUUAUCUUUGAUAUGCCAUAUAAAAGUAUACUGUAACAUCUUUUGUUUUAUUGCAUGGCCAAUUUUUCUUUUCAUUUUGUAAAUGUAAUAUAAUGUUUUUCAGUGUUAUUCAAAGGAUGUAUUAUGUAUGUAUCAAUCAAUUUAAAUCCACAGGCCAGUAGCUUAAUAAUGCAGUAGUCUUGAGGAUAUUUCAUACUUCUGCUAGUAAGUAUAACCUAAUAGGGACUGGAUUGGGUGUAGAUGUGUCUGAUCUGACACAGAUCCCAGGCCAAGCAACAAAUAAUCUUAUUAAAGUAAUUGAAAGGUGGUUUAAAGCCAAUAAAGAUGUCAGCUGGGAUACAUUGAAACAACUUUGUGAAUACUUCCCCGAACCACUGGGCCAAGCGAAAGCUAAGCUAGAUAAAGUAGUUGGCAAAAA